AUGACACGCAGAAACAAAGUCACGUUUCCUGCCCUGCAACCUCCCGAGCCGUCGACGCGAGCACCGCCGGCUUCUUGGUCCCAGCCAGGCGUUAGCAUCUCGGACCGUUUUCUGCAGUUGAAGAAGCCUUCCGAUGUCGAUAAGGACACCUUGGCCUUGCUAAAUGUCACGUUUCAGCCCGAAUGUGACCUUGAAACGUUGCUGUCGUCUCUGUCAAACAAUGCAGAGUCAUUUCUGCCUCCCAAAUGCUGGCUCGACGCCCCUGGAGAGCACCAUUCGGCUGCCGGUGCCAGCGCUGCUGGUGCAUUUCUGAGCAAUGGCAGGAGACCACCAGACCAGCGAGACUUCUUCGUCCGUGCAAGAGAGCUUUUUGUCAACAAUGCAGAUGCCUUUUCAACUCUGACGCGUAAAAGCAGUGGCAAUCAACAGCCGCCCGUCCGGCUGGCUCAUUUUCGCAAAUUCUGGGAGGCCCUCGAUAAUGUCGCAUAUUAUUGGGAUACAUCUUUGGACGACUAUCUCCCGUCAGAUCAGGAAGCAAACCAUGCUGAACAAACAGCAUCCGCCCCCCUACCAGAUUCUACAGAUGCCAACCUACAGCAAGCCACACAUGAAACUGAUAUAGAACGGGCUUCUGCGACAACUCCGGGAGCCUGUACCCCCGGUGCAGAAGAGCCUCGUAAGAAGGCAAGGAUGGAAGAUAAUGGAGGUGAGAAACCGUCGAUGCGAGUCCGAACUGAAAAAAGCUCUCAAACACUUUCGCCGCAUGAGAUAGGUGCUGGCGAUCGUAUACUUCGGAACAAAAUUGAGCUUCUCGAAGUCCUUAGAGCUGCAAGGAUGCGAGCUGAGGGUACACCAGUGAAUCAUUCUCCAGGCUCAUAUCGGGGCUACCGUAUCGGCAACGGGGCUGAAAUGCCGGAUCAGUACCGCAUUGAGUGCGUGCGUUCUUUCCUCGAACCCAUCGCAUGGGCUUUUGGUGUCACGCUCUCCCCACACCGCCGUCCGCCUGUGCUCACAAUCGAGCACGUCCGCUUUCCUGUUCGCAUGAGCUCAGUAGCCUGGCGUGGUCCGCAAGACAGAACGAAAGCUAGACAGGGGUGCUUAGAAGGUCCUGUACUAGGCAUGCAAUGCAGAGCGGAUGUCAAUUUUGGGGCAACGGGAAAGUUAGAAGCCCAGUCCAUUCUUGAUGCUGUGCGCGAGAUAGGAGGGCUUCUUUUACUUGCACAAGAGAGAGCUAGAGAGGGAAAGAAAGAACGGAGAGGGGGCGAGGGUAAAUGGUGGACAACAAAGCCGCGCUGGGGCGGCGGUCCUGGAGGCGAAGUGGGUGAGGCUAUUGGAGCUACUGAGAUCCUCGCAAAGGAUGCAGCUCCUAAGCCUGAGGAGAAGCCUCUUGAGAGAAAUCGAGACGGCUCAAAAGCCCGUCGCAGGCCAACGCCAGCUGAAGUCUGGAAGACGCUGCGACCAGGAAACCCGCUCUGGGACCCCAAGGUGACAUACGAGGCCAUUGGUAAGGACAAAAGUGUCAAGUGGGACGAUAUCUUCAUGGUUUCGUCAUUGAACCACCAUAUUAGCCUGCUAAGAUUUCGCAUACACCCGGCAUACCUGGAAUAUAUUACAGAAGGUAAACUGCCUGUUGAAACGCCAGCAGAAGCCGACUGGUGCUCGCCAAAGUUGCAGAGGACAAGAUGGUUUGACUUGUUCAACAUCGAUGACCGCACCGAAGCUAUGAGAGGGGUUUGGGGCAUCAUGUCCUAUCUUAUGCGUGCAGAAAAGAAAAGCCACGAAGAUGCUGUCUCGAACAGGUGACGGAAUUUCCGCAAUUGGCAUACCUCCUGUACCGCCCACGAGCGAAAUCACAAUACGAAAUUUCCGAUUGGCAUCAGUCGUGGAUAUGGGGUUGGGAGACUCAUCAAGCGCUGGAGGCCUGCGAUUCUUGCGGCAUCUAAGCCUGAGAGCAAUGACACAAACUUUU